AUGGUUAUGGCACCGACUGCUUGUGCACCUGCUGAAAUAUGUGUCUCUAAACACUAUCAAGACAAACAUGAAUUGUAUCCCAGUCAUGCUGGCGAUUAUGGAGGGGACGAGGUAUCGCAGUCCAAGUUGGCUGCGAAAGACCUGGUCUUUGAGAUUUUGAAGAAGCGGGCGGCCGAUGUUGAUAUCGAUCGCUGUGGACCUGGGGAGGAGGAUCCGUUUUAUGUCGCCGACAUGGGCGAAAUUUACCGCCAGCAUCUGCGCUGGAAAAUGAACCUCGGCCGCGUCAAGCCCUUUUAUGCGGUCAAGUGUAACCCCGAUCCGGAGAUUCUCCGCCUGAUGGCUCGUCUUGGCAACGGUUUCGACUGUGCCUCCAAGGCGGAGAUCGACCUGGCUCUCGAGUCCGGAGUCGACCCCAGCCGCAUCAUCUACGCGCAGCCGUGCAAGACUAAAUCCUACCUGCGCUAUGCGGCCCAGAUGGGCGUGAGACAGAUGACCUUUGACAAUGCCGACGAGCUGUACAAGAUCAAGGCUAAUUUCCCGGACGCCGAGCUCUACCUGCGCAUCCUGACCGACGACUCCACUAGUCUCUGCCGGCUGAGCAUGAAAUUCGGUGCCUCUCUGGACGUUGCGCCUCAGCUCCUCGAACUGGCGCACCGGCUCGAGCUCAAUGUCGUCGGCGUCAGCUUCCACGUCGGCUCCGGCGCUGAGGACCCCAAGGCCUUCCUCAAGGCGGUCCAGGACGCGCGCCUCAUCUUCGACCAGGCGGCCGAGAUCGGCUACGAACUGCACACUCUUGAUGUUGGGGGCGGUUUCAGCCAGGACACCUUUGAGAAGUUCUCGGCCAUUUUGAGUGAUGCCCUGGAUACUUAUUUCCCGCCUAACAUCCGCAUCAUCGCCGAGCCCGGUCGCUACUACGUUGCCAGCGCCUUCACCCUUGCGGCCAACGUCAUUGCCCGCCGCGACGUCCCCGACCCGCUUGACCCUUCUCGUGAUGCUUACAUGCUGUACCUCAACGACGGUGUGUACGGAAAUUUCUCCAACAUCAUCUUCGACCACCAGCACCCCGUCGCGCAGAUCCUUAGCUGCGAGAACCGGUCCCGGGCCUCCUCUCCGGAUGCUGCGACUCCGGAGGGAUUCGCCUACUCCAUCUGGGGCCCGACCUGCGACGGCAUCGAUGUCAUCUCCGAGCGCAUCAACCUUCCGGGCCUCCUGGAUGUCGGCGACUGGCUUUAUUUCGAGGAUAUGGGUGCCUACACCCGCUGCAGCGCCACCCGGUUCAACGGCUUCUCCGACACUCACGAGGUGAUCUACAUCUCCAGUGAGGCCGGAGCCUCAGCCCUCCUCGACUACUAG